GCCAUACGUAGCACAUGUGGAUGAGACUCACACCCUCCUCCCCAACUCCUAACGAUUCUUCCCAUUGCAGAUCAGAUCAGACUUCAUACGAAGCAGAAGAACAUCGAACAGGACACCCACUGUGGCUUUUGCCGGUCCCUUUCGGAAUCGAACUCCUCUUCCCCACCUCCUUGCCAAGCUUCCAACCUUUUCCCCACCAACUCGACCUCUACAAGACCUUCCACAGCUGUCAAAAGCCUAUAAAUCUCCAUGCCAUUCCCCGUAUAUUUAGAGAGAGAGAGAGAGAGAGAGAGAGAGAGAGAGAGGUGCUUGAUUCAUGGGGAGGUCACCGUGCUGCGAAAAGGCUCACACCAACAAGGGGGCGUGGACGAAAGAGGAGGACGACCGGCUCGUCGCCUACAUCCGAGCCCACGGCGAGGGCUGCUGGCGCUCCCUGCCCAAGGCCGCGGGCCUCCUCCGCUGCGGCAAGAGCUGCCGCCUUCGCUGGAUCAACUACCUCCGCCCCGAUCUCAAGCGCGGCAACUUCACCGAGGAGGAGGACGAGCUCAUCAUCAAGCUCCACAGUCUCAUCGGGAACAAGUGGUCGCUGAUAGCUGCGCGACUACCCGGCAGGACGGAUAACGAGAUCAAGAACUACUGGAACACCCACAUCAGGAGGAAGCUGCUGUGCAGGGGGGUGGAUCCCGUCACUCACCGGCCGGUCAACCGCCAUGGUUCUGACACCACAACCCCUUCUCGAAGGAAGCCCGUCGUCGUAGGCUUCGGACCAGAUCAGAAAGAGGAGAAGAGCAGCAGCGUGGAGUGGUCCCCCGACCUCAACUUGGAGCUACGUAUAAGCCCUCCUUUCCAACCGCAAGAAACUCCGGUGCCGGAAAAGAGGGACGGAGAGCAACUCGGAGGCCUUUGUCUUGGAUUGCAGAAGAGCCAGAUGGAGUGCCACUGCAGAGACUUCCUUGGCCUCAGCACUGGCAUACUGGACUACAGAAGGCAAUAGAAAUCUGGCAAUCAAGACCUUAGGAGAAUCAAUACAGAAGAGAUUGUACGUAAAGCACCUCUGGUUUCGUGUAAUCCUUGGUGUCUCUGUGUGUAUCAUGAUCAAUAUACCAGCUAGGUUUCUGCCACUUCUCAUGCUGGUUAAAAUCCAUGAUUCUUAUGGUAUGUGAUCUAAAAAUGACAGCAAAGCUUCCCGACUCCACCAUCCUCUGAUUGAAUCAGUAGAUAUUGGUGUUUUUAGGCA